AUGGCAGUUUUCGCAGGACAUAUAAACAGAAUCCAAAGAAACAACAUGUCUGGGACUUUGAACAAGUCUCUAGUGCUGUUCUUCUUUUUGUUUCAAAUUCUUUUCUCUGAACUGGUGAUUUGCAGUGCCAAUAUGAACAACGAAACGAUUCAUCAAUCGAUCAAACCGAUCAUAUAUCCCAUUCUUUUGGAAAAUAUGACGAUAAUACCUGAAGAGUACAAAAACUUAUCUGUGGUUGGAAAAUGUUGUCCACUGGGUGAAGUUCUCGUAAAAAAUGGUACUCAAAACUCGGUUUGUUAUCUGGAUUCCUCCAUGGCUGAAAAUUUCUCUCCAGUUUUUUAUGGUUUUAAUGCAUUUGGUUAUGAAACUCCCGGUGAAGUUCGAAGUUCGUUCGUUGCGAUCAUCGGAGAUCCUUGCAAAUACAAAAAGUAUAUUUUAAAUCCAAACGACGAUAACAGAGAUAACAAUUAUUUAUUAACGAACGGUUCUAUAUAUGCACCCGAUCACGAUCCAAAAAUGCUGCAACCCGGAAUCAACUACUGUGCAGAAAUCGUGCCAAAGUUAGGACUUCAGACUUUCGUAUGUUUUUCCGAAAGUCGCGUAAUAAUCACCGCGGACUCCCGAAUUACAAUCUAUGCCUGCGGCCUUUUAAUAUCGGUGCCAUUCUUAAUUCUUACCAUCGCAGCGUAUUCCAUCACACCAAACUUGCGAGAUAUUUUUGGAAGGGCAUUGUGCCGUUAUUGUGGAUCCUUAGCGCUGGCUUUUAUGAUGUUAGCAAUUACACAGUUAUGGAAUGUAGAGUUGUCGGAUCAAGCUUGUACCAGUAUAGCAUUCGUCAUCCAGUUCUCCUUCGUCGCGUGCUUCUUCUGGCUAAAUGCGAUCUGCAUAGAAAUGUGGUCAUUGGUGCGUGUCUACGUGGAUCGUGGAACAUACAGAAGGAUGAAACCCAGAAUGUUGUUCUUUUGGUACUCGUUAUGGUGCUGGGGUCCCUCGGUGAUACUUAUUCUCGUAUCAAUGAUCAUGGAUCUCAGUCCGAUGAUACCGGCGACUUACGUGAAGCCAAACUCCAAGAAAAGUUGUUCCUUCAAAUCGGAAGAUGAAGCAAUACCAUACUUUUACAUACCAAUCGGAUUGCUUCUUGUUGCGAAUGUGAUUCUUUUCGUUCUAAUCUUCGUCAAAUUAACUAAAUAUCAAAGGGACCUCGACUUAAGGCGUCUCGCGAGAAAUCAGGAAUCCGAUCGACUUGAUCGAAAGUAUCUUCGGCGACUCAUGAGAACUACAUUUGUUUGCAUGAUUAUCUUCGUUUUGAUGGGUCUUAAUUGGACGGUGGAAGUAAUAUUUUGGUUCGUCAACGGAGAUUCAUUCGACUGGUCCUCCUUCGAUCUUAUAAACGCUCUCCAAGGUGUUCUUAUCUUCGCUUUAUUUGUUCUGCGAAGGCCACCGAGAGACUUUGUGUGGCACAGAAUACAAGAACUUCGUGGUAUUCAUCAAGUACCAGAACUGGAAGCUGGAAGCAUGGAACUGUAUCUGCUUCCAACAAUUAACGGUGAUUCACUGCCUAGAUAAAAGAUCAUUCCGUGCACAUAACUUACUUUUCGACCUUUCCUCGAAUUCGUCGUGGAUUAUGAGAUAACUAUAAAUCAAUUGCCGAAACAUGCUUGAAAGUUCCUUGAUUAGACGUACAAUUUUUUAUGAAUUAUUUAUAAAGCGUCGAAUUGGUCAAACAAGAGAAGUUUGAUAAUUCUGACAAAUUUAUUUUAUGUAAGACUUAUCGAAUUAUUUAUUAUACGCGUAAUAUCGAUAUAACAUAUACAUAUGCAUGUCAUCAACACCAUAUAUGAGGUCAAUAUUUAUUUUGCAUAUCAUCAAUUAUGUAUCGAGUGUGAUUUUUGUAUAAUACGAUUUAUUUUAAUUAGUUUGAUUAUCACGUGUUGAUUGCGAGGAUAAUUCCAUACUAAUGAAAGCUUCAUGGUUAUGUACAUGUAUGUGUUUAUACUUCGUUUUCGAAUCAUUUUGCGUUCUUCCAUUCAUUUCACAUUGUAAUUAUUUUGCGAUGCUUCAUAUUCCCUGUGAAUAUUUUUAUACUCUAGGGAAAAAAGACUUAAAAAAUUCAUAGUUUUCUAAAUGUGAAAUGAAUUUUAUGAAUUUAAUAAUAGAUCACUUGAUUCUUGUGUUUAAAGUCGCAUUUGUGAUUGUUAGUCGCAUAAUAAUAGCAUGCUUCACAGAAACUUGUCUUGAUUAUGUAAAAAUGCCUCCAACUCGUUUUACAAUAGUGUAUGCAAAUUAUGAUAUCUGUAUAACUGUACAUUGAUUACACAACAGAGAAUAACAGAAUAGGUUACAUUAUGAUCUUAGAUCUAAUAUACAUAUAUAUGUACAUUCUUCUGAAUCUUGUAUAUUUAACAUUAAAAGCAUUUCUAAUAAUUUCUAAAUAUAUAAUAUUUGCAAGCGCAUCCUACAACGUUAAGUUUCAUUUAUUAUUUAUCUAUUUAUUAUUUACAUAAAAUUUCAUGAAAAUACGUUAUAAUUAAAUUAUUUUAAUAAAAACAAAUUCAUGUCUGAAACAAUUCAAUUAGUAUUCAUUACUGUAUUCCUCAAAGUAUGUGUUAAUAAUAAUUUUUAUAUGUUAGAACUACUAAGAAUUAUCUACUUACACUAGUAAUAAAUAAAUUAAAGAAUACAAGCGACGACGUUAUACGUUUUGUAUUUUGUAGUAUUAGCAUUAGAAGUGGAAUGUAUUAUUUAUUGUAAAACUUUUAAAUUAUUUAUGUGAAAUUAAAUUCAUUCUCAUAAUAAA